AUGGAAGACCUUAUGGAGAAAAUUGAAAACAAAAGAAAGGAUCGGUUUCUCACGGUAGAAAUUGAACAUCUCGUAACAAAACUUGAGGACGAAGGACUUAUGAAUAGAACUAAUUUUGAAAGUAAAUGUGACGAAUUGUAUGUACUUUGUUACAACUAUUUAAAAAAAUGGAACAAUCAACAUGUAAAUAAUUUAAAAUCAAUGUUAUGGAUAACAUUAGCCCCAAAGACAAUAGUAAAUUGGGAAAAUGUCAAAAAAUCAGUAAUCUUUAUAAAAACUAUAAUGUCAAAUAAUGUUAAUUUUGAUGAAGAAAUGUUUUUUGAACAAUUUAAAGUUUUUGAAAAAAAUUUUCAUCAACAAAAUGACGAGUGGCAUUGUCAAGAAAUAGAAAAUAAAUGGAUAUAUAUUUUCAAAAUAUUCACCGAUAAUAAUCAUUCAUUUUUUGAGCUAUUAAAAGUUGUUGAAUUUAGUUUUGUUUUACCGGGUUCAAAUGCAGCUGUGGAACGUGUUUUUUCACUGAUGAACAGCACAUGGACAAAUUCAAGAAACAAACUUGAUAUAAAAACGGUAGAAGCUUAUCUUAUUAUAAAAACGUGCUUCAAUAAUACAUCUUGUGAAGAGUUCUAUGACCAAAUUUUGGGAAACAAGUCUUUAUUAAAACAAGUUCAUGGAUCAGCCAAAUAUGUAGUAAAAUCAACAGAAAAAACCCUGGACUCCGAAGGUUCCGAAGACUAA